ACCGAGCUGUGUAAAAUCGUAUUUAGUGAGUGAUGGUCUUUCAUUUGCUGCACAAAAAAUCAAAUAUUUUGUCCACAAUCCACCUAAAAGUUUUGCUCUUCGUGCUAUUGCCUUAUCAAGUGCAUUUAUCAAACAGUAUUAGUGAUAUAAAUCCCGAAAAUCCAACAACAAUGGAACAAUUUGCAAAGAAUUCCUACGCUUUUGGAGCUGAUUUGUACAAGGAAUUGGCCAGUGACCCAUCAGAAAAUGUUGUUUUCUCACCGAUGUCGAUCCAAACCUGUUUGUCGAUGGUUUAUAUGGCUGCCAAAGGACGCACUUUUGAGGAAAUCGGCAAUGUCUUGAAAUACGGAGCAAGCGGAAAUAAGCAAGAAGUCGCUAAAGUCUUCCAAGACAUUCUCGAAGGCACGGAAAAGGAAAAAGGAUUAGAAAUCGCUAACCGCAUCUAUGUCAUGCAAAACUACAAACUCAAACAAGCCUUCAACGAACUGACGACGAAACAUUUCAAAUCUGGCGUUGAGAGCUUGGAUUUUGCACAAAAUACUGCUGCUGCCAAGCAAAUCAAUACCUGGGUAGAGGAAAAAACUCACGAUAAAAUCAAGGAUCUUAUUAAGCCGGAUAUGCUUGACGGUAUGACUCGCGCUGUUCUCGUUAACGCAAUCUACUUCAAAGGAAAAUGGCUUUAUCCCUUCAACAAAGACCUGACCUACCCAAUGCCCUUCUACGUGACCCCAACGGAAACUGUUAAUGUCGAUAUGAUGACAAUCAAGAAGCAUUUCAAAUACGGAGCUUUGUCGAAAUUCGAUGCUACCGCUCUCGAAAUGGAAUACAAAGACUCCAACAUCUCCAUGUUGUUCAUCUUGCCGAACCAAAAGGACGGCUUGAAGGCAUUGGAAGAAAAAAUCCACGAAAUUGACUUGAAGGAAUUAGACAGUCAAAUGUUCAAACAAGAGGUUGAAGUGUUCCUACCAAAAUUCGAGUUUGAGUUUACUCGCGAACUCAACGAUGUUUUAAGUAAACUUGGUAUGGCGACUGCUUUUGGUGACGCCGCUGACUUUUCUGAGUUGUUGGACUCUCCCGAACCACUGAAAAUCUCGAAAGUCAUUCACAAGGCAUUCAUCAAAGUCGAUGAAGAAGGAGCUGAAGCUGCCGCAGCAACUGCUGCGGUAAUGGUGAUGAAAUGUGCCUUUUUCUCAUUAGAACCAACGAAAGAAUUUCGUGUGGAUCAUCCUUUCUACUUCGUUUUGAAGAACAAAAUUGAUCAUGUGACGUUAUUCUCUGGACGUAUUCAAAAAAUUUAAAUUAUAAAAUUUUAAUGUUUAAAAUUUAAUAUUAAAUUAAUGUUUGUACGUAAAUUGUAUUAAGGGCCUUCGAACAAAAAUUAUUAAAAAAACUUAAAAAUCGAAAAUAUUUCAUAAAAAUCUCAUGCACAAAAUUAAGCAUAAUUUGCACUUCUUUUUUUUUUUGCUCAUUUUCAUUAAUUUUAAUUGGAUUAUUUUUUUUUUAUCAAAAUUUACUUUU